AUGGCUACGAUACCAGUAAACCCGAAGCCAUUCUUGAACAACUUAACCGGAAAGACGGUUAUCGUCAAGCUCAAAUGGGGAAUGGAAUACAAAGGUUUCCUCGCCUCUGUUGACUCCUACAUGAACUUGCAGCUUGGAAACACUGAAGAAUACAUCGAUGGACAAUUGACAGGAAACCUCGGAGAGAUCUUGAUCAGAUGUAACAACGUUUUGUAUGUUCGAGGUGUGCCAGAAGAUGAAGAACUCGGAGACGCUGAACAAGACUAG